CUCUCUCCGAGGGCGGGCGCGGACUCUCGAGCGGUCGCCACGCGUGGCCGGACCGCUUGCCGAUGCUGGCCCCAUGCUCCUCCCCCUCCCCCUCCCCCCCUCGGGCCUGUCGGCCGGCGCGCGUGCUACAACCCGGCGACAGAGACGGCGAGAUUGAGGCAUUAAUAACUCUUUAAGUCUUAACCCACUCCCCACGGCCACGAAAUACUUGUUUCUUCUAGGCUAGUCAUCCCCCCCUUUCAAACUUUUUGCAGCACCGUUCUCGAACAAGAGAACAUGAUGUGGUGAACCAAAGUACAGGGAAAGCCACUGAAAGGGGAGCAUGUUUGCUGGAAUUGGCGGCUGGGGCCCAUGCCGGAUCUCUUUGACGAGGAUCGCCCUUGGAGAGGGCCCACCAAUUAAAAGGUUCCUAUGUAUAAAAUGGUACGGUGAAGAGAAGAACUUGAUUUGCCCCGGGGCGUAUUUUAUUUUUGAAGAAAGAAGGUGCAGGAUCUGUAAAGAGGGCAGAAAGGAAGAUAAAGAGUUUGCCGAACAAGAGAAGAGACAGUUAGGCGCCUUAUGAUCAUGGAACCAGAGUCAUUACAUGUUAACAAUGAGACCCCCGUUCCAUCUCCGAAGUUUGCGCUUUUUGAUCUCUCCGGUUCCAUUCUUACGUCCUUCCAUCCAAAACCUGGAGCACCCCUUGAGUCUUCUCACACUCUGAAGGUUUUGGUUCCAAGCAUGGAUGCAUUAGAUGGAGCCCGAUCGGUCCGGAUUCAAUCUCUUGCACCAAAGCCGGAUGCCAUUGUUGGCUCCUUGGAGUUGUCUCGGGACUCUGAAGUAGAAGGCUCCACGCUUACUUGUGAUUCUUCUAACAAGGAUUUGGAUGCCAUGUCCAAUGCUGGCACAUGUGAUCUUUGGGAUUCGGAUGUUGCUGAUGCUUCCGAAGAUGAAAGAUCUGUGGAUGAUGUUUUCUGUAAAGAAAGUGUCAAGAAAAAGAUCGAGGUGCUGGCUGGAAUGGUGGGCUACGAAGGAUGUGAUGAGCCGGGAGUUAUCUUGGACGAAGUUGUCAAGGUUCUCAAAGAGUUGGAGAGGAUGAGAACGACUUGUUGCUUGAAGAACUGAUAGGAGUUCGAGAUUGAAAGGUUUAGUAGCUAGAUUAGAUUAUGUUUCCAAUCCUACCUGGUCGAUGAAGUAAAGGAGGAGCAUGGAAAACUAAGAGAAGCCGUUUUCUUGUAUCUGUUUGAGGCCUAAACCAGUGUUGCAUUAGUUCUCUUUUACUGGAUUGUUUAGCGUAUAGGAUGGGUAAGGUGCUUCCUUGUAAUUUUCUUUUGCGUUAAUUUGGCUACUUCUGCCGUCUGAUUGUGUGAGAAAGUAGUAAAUCUUUGCUAUA